AUGCCAUCUAUAGAUAAUGUAAGCAGCGGUGCAUCUAACAUUUCGUCCGCCAUCAAUUUGGCAAAGACAAUCAUUGGAGCUGGGUUGUUAUCUAUGCCAUUGGCAUACGCCACAGAUGGAACUAUAUUCGGAACUUUUAUCAUCAUAAUUGCUGCCUUUACCUCGGGCUUUGGGUUAUUCAUACAAGCCUAUGUAUCAAGGUACAUUGCUACCGGGCAUGCAAAUUUCUUUGGUUUAUGUUUAAUCACGUAUCCACAAUUGUCUGUUAUAUUUGACAUUGCCAUUGCUAUUCAAUGUUUUGGAUGCGCCAUUUCGUACUUGGUGCUCAUUGGUGAUUUGAUGCCUACUAUAAUAACCAAUGUCCCUUAUGUUGAUGAAAAGCAUUAUAGAACUUUUUGGUUGUUGUUUUCAGCACUUUUCACGGUGCCGUUAUCGUUUGCAAAGAAACUUGAUGCUUUGAGAUACACUUCAAUUUUGGCUUUGAUUUCUAUAUUUUACAUAUCAUUACUCGUUGUUUCUCACUUCUUCAUUAAUGACAUUCCUCGUUCUGGAAUAAUCGAGUACUUCCCAUCAAGUGUUACCGGAGUGUUUAGUACAUUUUCAAUCAUCGUGUUUGCUUUCAGCGGUCAACAGAAUAUGUUUUCAAUUAUCAAUGAAGCAAAAGACAAGUCCUUGACCAAUUUGACUCGUUUGAUCAACUUUGCCAUCAUCCUUUCUAGUGUGUUGUUUAUUGGUGUGGGACUUGCAGGCUACUUGACCUUUGGGUCUAGUGUCAAUGGAAAUGUUAUUUUGUCGUAUCCUAAUGGGGCAGCAACAUGGUUGGGAAGAUUGUGCAUCGUUUUCAUGGUUCUUUUCUCUUUCCCUUUAAUGUUUUACCCAGCAAGAAUCUCUUUCAACAAUAUUUAUUACUCAGCUAGAAAAAGAUGGGAAGAGAAGUCAGAAGAGGUGAAUGAGUCGACCCUGUUGCUUCAAGGAAGUAAUGAAGGAGACGCAGAAGAACAGACUAAUUUACAUGUUGUUCCAUUCACACACAAGACCUUUGUUGUCCUUACCAUUUUUCUUUUGAUUACUGCAUACACACUUGCUAUCUCAUUGAAGUCGUUUGCAUUUGUGUUGGCUAUAGUUGGAGCUACUGGCUCAACAUCGAUUUCAUUUAUUUUACCAGGAUUGUUUGGUUACAAGCUUAUUGGAUCAGAACUGGACGAUCCAAGCGCUUUAGAGAAGAUCUUUAAGUACUUAUCACUUGGUUUGACUAUUUGGGGGGUGCUUGUCAUGAUUGUUUGUUUAUACAGUAGUUUGGCAUUGUGA